CAAGAAAGAAGGAGGUCAUUAAGACAAGUCCAGACCUGCUGCUUGCAACCACUGCUUGCUUUCUUUGUAACCACCAAGCGCUUUGUGUGCGCACACUGUCACAGUCUAGUUUACACUCCUCUACGAACAACAUCGAAAAGUGUUUGGAUGCGCUCGACGAACAAUUUCAUUAAUUUGUGUUUGUAACAAUUUUGGUUUCACUCGAAAACGGGAAAAAAAAGAGAGCCAAGAUGGAAAGGUCCCGAAGAGAGUCCCCAAGAGAAACCGAGAUGUGUUCGGCUGAUGGGAGCACUGGAGGGAUUUUGAUCUUGUUUGAAAAGUUGGUGUAGAAAAUUGAUUCAACUUGGAAACGCGAUCGCUGUAAAUCAUUCGCGAUUUCAAGUAACAGAUUUUAGAAUUGAAAAAAAAAUUAAGAAAAGUAGUAAAAUUAAAAAAACAAACAAAGUUCAAACACCGACCGUGUAGUCACUAAAAGUCGUGAACAAUUCACAAUCGACGUCAUCAACUCAUCACAAAUUUACAUACGUGCACAAUAGUGUUCUGUUACGAUCGUCUGGAAUCUACCGAAGUGUUGUCUAGAAUGGUAUGCAUUCGUCAGGGUAAAAGAAUCAUUGUAUUCCUUGAUGAGGUAGACGAAUAGUUCAAACGGUAUGAACAUUCGCUAAACACUGGGUAGUGAUUGGUGUGAAUCUGAAGCUAUGUGAAUUAUUAAUUUUUUUUUUCCACAUCAGCAUUUGCAUCGUGUAAUUUUAACUGGCACGUAAGAUUUUUUUUUACUCGCUCAGUACUUGCAGGGCGCUAUAGGAAAUGGAUUUGUUUUACUUGGUGAGCUUCAGUUUCUGGGUAUUUGUCUGGCAUCUACAUCAAUCAUCGGAUGCUGCCGCCUUUUAUCAAGAGUGUCUCGUGGAUGGGGAUUGCUCUGACGCUAGCUAUUGCGAUCAAUCUUAUUUGGUCUGCGAGACUUGCAUUCCUUGUGAAAGUCUAUUAAAUCGUGCCUCAGGAGUGCGCAACUGCGCCACAUCACAGGAAGAAUGUGGUCCUUGUCUUUCAGGAUAUCAAUCGGAAGAUUUGACAGAUCAGAGGCGCUCUUACAAGUGCUUUCCGUUAUUGAAUGAACAAGCGGAAGUUCCAUCUAAUUCAUCGUCCAUAAUAUCCUGGAAUGAGUUCAUUACUCUGUCAUCCGCAAUAGUCGUGCUUGCAGCUGUUGUGGUCGCUUUCGCUACUUACUACUUGAAAAGUCGUGGUGCUACGCCAAGAGAGCAAUUUAGUGAAGGAAUUCGGGAACGAGUGUCUUCAAAAGAUGACGGCCCUCCAUCCUACAGUCAAGCGCUGUCGUCGGAUGAGACCUACACGUUUAUUACGCUGGAGCCAUCCGAACAACUAAACCAAGCUACACCGCUCGGUCGCUACCACAUGAGCAUGAGAGAAGAUGAUUUGGAUCCUGAUGACCUUGACUUCGAUCGAGGAAUGCGCUCCGAAGGAGAAUCGACUGUGGGAUCUACGGAAACUAUUCCGUCCUUGUGGGAACCUGCUUUGACGCCCGACUCCGACAGUGUGCCCGUCCCGAGUCAGCCGAAUAAUCCUGGCUUGACACGAAGCCAAUCGUUAACCACUCUAAACGCUCUACGUGAUUCUCCCUCACGAUCCUGUCCUAAUCUAUUCACUGCGAUUCAGUCUGGAAUCCAUCGUCACCGACACGUGUUUCUCUCCAACUACAGGCGCUUGCCAACAAACCAAGGACAAGUAACCAAAAAAGAAGACGAACUCCGUUUGGAAUUCAGUGAACCACUUCCUCCUCAUUCUUUCACUUUCGAUGAAGCCCAACAACCACGAGAAGUGAGCAUCGUUAGUCGAGGACGUAUUCUUCUCAGAUCGAUCUCUGCCCCGGAAGAAAACGCAGGAUCGCAAGAUACGCUCGUUGUCGAUCCUGCUGCAUUCACGUCAUUUUCAAGAAGACGACCUCUCGUGAGUGAAGAUGUGACCAGCAAUAAACGUCGGCGAAGGGAAUGAUUUAUUUCUUUUUAAAAAUGUUUGUUUAAUUUGGCAUUGGUUCCUGAAAAAAAAUGUCCCCAUUAUUUUGUUAGAAAUGACGCAUAUUUAAGUUUAUAGACGCAAUGUGACCGAGAAUAUAUGAAUGACGAAAAACUCAA